AUGGAUCCACCUAGUGAGAAUGGCUUUAUGACCGAUGUUUACUCUUCUCCAGUUUCUAAUCAUCCACAGACAGAGCAACGUGGCUGGGAUGUUCAAGUUGGUGAUGAUGUAGUUUCCGGGUUACAUAAGUCUUCAAAGAAGAAGUCACAAUCAAAGAAACAGAAGGAAGUGAAGAAGUCAAAGAAGAAUACAGUUGAAGAUGAUGCUGAGAUAGCUCUCUGGUCACCAGCUAAGAGACAAUCAUGGGAAGCAAGGAAAACGAAUCCAAAUGCAUUCUACUACCGCCAUGUUGACCCUGGAGUUGUAAAAAGAACGGGAGCAUGGGAUGAGAAUGAAAAGGAGAUGUUUAUGAAGGCAAUCAAAUUACAUCCACCCACACAGGGCAAGUGGGGACUUUUCGCAAUGAACAUUCCAGGUCGUGUAGGCUACCAAUGCAGGAACUUCUAUCAUAGACUUCUUGAGUCUGGUGAACUUCGAGAAGAUAUGAUUCCAGGAGAGUUCAUUCUUGCAAAGACGCGCAAUACAUCAGGAAAGAAGAAGAAAGAAUCCAAGAAGAAGAAUACACAUAAAGUUGAAAGCUCAUCUGAGCAAGAAGAGGAAGUAAAGCUUGAUUCAGAUUCACCUUCUCAAGAAAAAGCUGCCGAAACAGAGGAGGAAGAAGCAAAGGAAGUAGUUAUCGAUAUCCCACCUCCACCAAAAGAGGAACCCAAAUUCAAUAUCAGAUCUCUCAAAUUAUUCUCUACAAGAGUUCUUCAAGAGGAUGAAAGGCUCAAAAAAGAGGCAGAAGAAGCCGCUCAACAAGCAAUUUCUGCUUUCAAGCAAGAAGAGCCAGAAGUACCAAAGAAAGUCGAAGAAAAGCAGGAAGAAAUAAUUGAAGAAAAGCCAGAUGAAGAAGAUGAUGAUGUUGCAAUUGGUGUUGUUGAAGAUAAGGAAGCAAGCAACGCAGAGAUCGUUCAAGCUGCAGCAGAAUCUGUGGAGAGGGCAAUGCCACCAGUUCUCAAAUGGCAUCCAAGGAUGGAAGCACCAUGGAGAGUUCUUGGUGAUGUUAAAGAAGUCAUCAAAUUCCCAAGUGAGCAUAAAGUUGAAGAAGAACAAUCAGAAUACCAAUGCUCAAAGAUCAUGAGACUUAACACAACAUGCCCAUUGAAUCUAUUACUUCUUUCAUUCCCAGCACCAAAGAACAUGAAGAAUGCUUACAUUAAAGCUGUCAACAAGAGAUUGGCAGAAAAUACUGAGAGAAAGCCAUUCAACAAGGCUCUUCACGCUUAUUUCGCUGCAAAGGACGCUGCAAUUAAGAAUCCUCAUGAAAAAGAUCAUAUUUGUCAGAAAUUUGUUCAGCAAUUCCUUGAUAACGAGAUUUAA